AUGCUCCGACACAAAAACUCUCAACAUCAUCAUCAUCUUCUUCUUCUCUCAUCAUCUUUCUUCCUUCUCUUCACCUCAAUCUCCGCCGUUGAUUUCAUCUUCAACCGUUUCAUCUCUUCAAACAUCUCACUCUUUGGAAACUCCACCAUUGAUUCUCAAAUUCUAACACUCACCCAUCACCAAUCUUUCUCCAUUGGUCGUGCUCUUUACCCUCAAAAAAUCCCAACGAAAAACUCUUCAUCUUCUCAUGUUUAUGCUUUCUCCACUUCCUUCAUCUUUUCCAUGGCGCCUUUCGAAGAUACACUUCCAGGUCAUGGUUUAGUUUUCAUCUUCACGCCUGUUAAAGGAAUACAAGGAACCAGUUCGGCUCAGCAUCUUGGUCUUUUUAACCUUACUAAUAACGGAGAUUCAAAUAACCAUGUUUUCGGUGUUGAGUUUGAUGUUUUCAUGAACCAGGAAUUCAAAGACAUCAACGACAACCAUGUUGGAAUCGACGUAAAUUCUCUAACGUCUGUUGUUUUCCAUGAUGCUGGAUUUUGGCUUGAUGAUACAAGAAAUGAAAAAGAUCGGGUUUUUCAGAAACUGGUGUUGAAUAAUGGUGAGAAUUACCAAGUUUGGAUUGAUUAUGAAGAUUCUUUGAUUAAUGUUACUAUGUCAAAAUUGGGUAUGAGAAAACCUGUUAAACCUUUGUUGAAUGUUUCUCUGAAUUUAUCCGAUGUUUUUGAAGAUGAGAUGUUUGUUGGAUUUACUAGCUCAACUGGGCAACUAGUUCAAAGUCAUAAAAUUUUAGCUUGGAGUUUUAGCAAUACAAAUUUUUCGUUCAGUGAUGAGAUUAUUACUAUUGGUUUACCCUCUUUUGUUCUUCCAGAAGAUUCGAUUUUUGAGUCGAAACGGUUUGUUGCAGGGUUUAGUGUAGGAGUUUUCUUUAUUGUUUGUGUUUUGGUUUUGUUGGUAGUGUUUUUGAUUCAGGAGAAGAGAAAGAGAGACAAGAAGAGAAGUGAAGUGGAGGAUUGGGAGAUGGAGUAUUGGCCACAUAGAAUGUCAUAUGAAGAAGUUAAAGCUUCCACAAAAGGUUUCUCUGAGGAGAAUGUGAUUGGAAUUGGUGGAAAUGGAAAAGUGUAUAGAGGUGUUUUGAGAGGAGGAGUAGUGAUUGCUGUGAAGAACAUUUCUCUUGAGAAUAAUGGGAUGAGAGAGUUUCUUGCAGAAGUUUCAACUCUUGGAAGGUUAAAGCAAAGGAAUUUGGUAGGCUUAAGAGGUUGGUGCAAGAAAAAUGCUGGAAAUUUCUUGUUAGUUUAUGACUAUAUGGAAAAUGGAAGUUUAGAUAAAAGAGUGUUUGUUGAUUUUGAUGAUGAUUAUGAGAGCAAGAUGUUGAAUUUUGAAGAUAGAAUAAGGAUUAUUAAAGAUGUGGCUUAUGCUGUUUUGUAUUUGCAUGAAGGUUGGGAAGUUAAGGUGGUGCAUAGGGAUAUCAAGGCUAGUAAUGUUUUACUUGAUAAAGAUAUGAAUGGAAAGUUAGGUGAUUUUGGUUUAGCUAGGCUGCAAAACCAUGGCCAAGUAGCUAGAACGACUAAGUUGGUCGGAACGGUCGGUUAUAUGGCUCCUGAAGUGAUCAAAACGGGUCGAGCUUCAACUCAUACCGAUGUAUACAUGUUCGGUAUCUUGAUUUUGGAGGUCAUAUGUGGAAGGCGGCCGUUGGAAGAAGGUAAACCGGGUUUGGUUGAGUUUGUAUGGAAGCUUUUGGAACAAGGGGAGCUUGUGUGUGCUCUUGAUGAGAGGCUAAGGGCUAAAGGUGAGUUUAGUUUGCAGGAGUUGGAGAGAGUGUUGCAUUUGGGUUUGUUGUGUGCUUAUCCUGAACCUAAAUCUAGGCCAAGUAUGAGACAAGUGGUGAAUGUUUUAGAAGGGAGGAAUGAAGGAGGUGAAGAGUCAGAGAAUGUGGAUAGUUAUUUGUUGCAACAAUUGAAAUCAAGAGAUAUUUUGUCUGAGUAUUCUUUGUAUUUUAGUUAUGCAUCACACCCAACUUUUCAAGAUGUUCCUCAGUUUUCAUCAACAUCUGUUACUUGGUCUGGAUCUUUAGUUGAGGGUAGGUGA